GCGAGACGAAGGAAGGAAUCGACGUCGACGGUCGACGCGCCAUCGGCGCCAUGCUACGAUAGCGGCGAUAGCGCUAGCGAGUGACACGAUUCUGAAACAGUCAACGAUUUAGCGGACAAUUGAUUGUGCUGUUUAUACGCCAUUAUGGAUUCCUUAGCAAAUUACGCUAGCGACGGCGAUAACAGUAACAAUUCGGAUGAUGUGAAGAUGCCAGCUCGGGGACAGCAAGAAGCAAAUAGGAGGGCUAGUGAUGCCAAUUACGACCCGGUACAAAUGGACAUGAGUGAGGAGAGCAACAACAACAAUUCAUCCAGGGAAUCUAGUAGCGAACGCAUAAACAGUCCUUCAGCGGGGCAGUCUACUUUUGGCUCGAGAACAGAAUCGUCUCGAGUUUUAUCUUCUCCUUCAGACCAGAGGCGAGCCGUCGAUCACGAGAAUCACACGAGUUCGAAAGACGAUCAUAGACGAGGGGAUCGCAAUGAUCGGAGUCGUCAUACAUCCGAUAAAAGUCGCCGAUACGAUGAUCGAAGACAACGUGAUAGUAAUAGUAGUCAUAGAGACCGAAGUAAAGAUCGUAAAAAUCGAGAUGACGAUAAACGUAAAACUUCUCUUGGAUCCAAGGAUGAAAAGAAUGACGACCGAGAAAGGAACGACAAAGAUCAUCAUUAUAGGGGGGAUGACAGAAGGGAUCGUAAUCGCGACAGAAAUGAAAGGGACAGGCGUAGGGAUCGGGACCGAGAACGGGAUCGGCGACAUUCCAGGGAUGAUCGAUCAAAGGAUCGGCACCGGGAUGAGCGCUCGAAUUAUCACAAAGAAAAAGAUCGCACGCGGUCGAGAUCGCGAUCGAGGGAUCGCGCUCCACCGCCGCCGUUUAGAAUGAUGAGUUACCGAGAGGAGAAGGGACGGAACAAAUUGGCCCAAUUGGAGAAAUUGGGCAUAGAGCUAAAACCGCCGGAAGGUGGCGGUGAUCUGGCGACCGGCGGUAUGCAGAGCGAGCAGAGUUAUUAUAAUCCGUUGGCAACGGCGACGCAGGGCAAGUACGCGGAGCAAAUCCAGAAGAGGAAGCUAUUGUGGGCCAACAAGUCAAAGCAAGACGAUGGUAAGAGUACGUCGACCGCAGCUUCCACGGCUAAUACUUGGAUGGGAACGACUUUCACGCACGAUCAGGAUGGAAAGGUAUCUGCUAAAUUCAAACGACUGAUGGGUAUUAAGGGCGAUUUACCUAGCGCACCUGCGGUAGGAACCAAACCAGAUAUUCUGAAAAAGCAGGAAGAAAUGUUCAACAACAUGGAGCAACAAUACGAAGUGGCGCGAGCCACUACGCACACGCAGCGUGGUGUAGGAUUAGGUUAUGCUAGUGGUGGCUAUCAGUUUUCACGAUAAAGUGCAUUGAAACUUCACAUCUUCAUUGUUUAAUUACAUUUAAUAUCGAUAGAGAGAUAUACGGAAAUAUAGUUAUGUUCGACAGAUUAUAA